CGGUCCUCGACCUGUCGAUCACGUGCCCCGCCCCCUGUUAUCUCUUGACAUGACCUCGAAACUCCUCCACGAGCGCUGUAUUUUCUGCCACCAGUCUUAAUUCGCAGUAUCCUUUUAGAGAUCAGUGCGGUCGUCUAGCAAUUGCGAUUCUUAUCCCAAGCGUGUUCCCUUUAACGCUAUGCCGUUUCUUUGGUCGCAAUCGUCUGGUCGGUCGUCUGCAUUGACCUGCUGAAGCUCCCCGACUAUCCCCCGGUCUUGGCUGAACGCCUCCAGUCGACUUCUUUGACCACGUCGCCUCCUUUCCUUUCACGAAAUUGACGCUUCGGAUUGACCUGACAUUGGUGCUAAGGCGCCGAUUUCACGACUAAGGGACAAUGUCAACGGGGACACCCGUGUCCAGUGCGGAUGCCAAUCCCCCCGCCUCCAGGGCAGGACAUGGACACAGUCGCAGCCGUGGCCAUUCGCGAUCAACACGCUACUCGCAGGUCCCUAACCCUAUUGCCGUGCCUUCGCCAUUGCCUCCGGUUCAACCGCAGUCUCCGCAGCCCGUAGUUGGUACCGCAUACUCCAACAGCCAUGCUUCGCAUCCAUCAUGGCAUGGCCACCAUCAUUCCCGUUCACAAAGCUCCGUGCAUUACGACCAGUGGACGCCUUCCCCGGUGACUACUGUAUUUGAAGAUCAUCGAAUGGAACCAAAUCAUGAGCCGGACACACCAGCUUUGUUAGUUGAGCCUGAAACGAGCAGGGGUAAUGAGAUUUUGACAGGUUUCCUUAUCGCCCUUCCUUGGAUCGCUCUAUCCUGGUUCUCUACGCAAUACGCACAGUCAACGACACUCGAGUCACCAGUCGACGAUGUUGAUGAGAUAACGGCCAGCGCAUACUUGGAGGGAAUUGGAAGCAAGGCCUGUGCUUUAACGGCUGGUAUAUUAGUGCUAUUGGGGUGCGGUGAAGCAGCUCGGAAGGGUCAGGAAUUGUCAAUCGCCGCAUUACCCAAGCUCAGCGGCAGCAUUGCCAGCAGCGCAUUCAUACGAGCAUGCUCCAUUGGCCUACCAGUCUAUGCAGGAUUGGGAAUUGGCGGAUUCCUUGUCGCAUUUGCGCUAUCCCUCGCAUUCGCAUCCGGUAUCCCAACGGUCGCUUCGAACAGCUUGCAAGAGCGGUUUGGACAGAAGAAGCUUACUAUCGGUCUCCUGGCAAUCGUAGUUCUCUUCAACUUGUUUGGAACGGGCUCGAGUCUGGAUGAGCAGCCAUUCAUGGGCUAUGUGGCUUUGCUUGUCGCUGUUUUCGUCAUUCGCCCGCCAUUUGCUGUCGAUCUCCCGGGAUCUACUUCCGAAAUUACCCCCGAUCCACUAUCCCCAAGAAAGUCUUCUGAAGCGGGUUUACCAUCGGACACUCUCUCGGACAAUGCCCUGGUAAACCUGCUUUCCGGAGUAUUACUGGCGCUGGCAACAGUGAUCGUCUCCGGCAUACCGUCUCCAGGAGGGAUAGAUCUGAUUUACUUUGGACUUACCACAGGCGCGUUCGCUGUGUCUUUCUUAUACUCGUCGUCCUCUGGCAUACGGUCUCCGCAGAAGCUUGGGCAUGCCGUCGGAGCAGGCGCCGCAUCAUUGUUCUGUUCGCCAUCUUUCCAAAAUGACCUCUUUACCGUCUACGUUUCGCGUUGUGUCAUAGCUGCAGUGUCUGUUCUUACAGCUCGGUUCGAUGAUAGACACUUACGACUUGAGGCGCAUUCGCACAAUCACACCCACCAUCACCACCAUCAUGGGCACUCGCAUUCCCACAAGGAGCCUUCGAGGGUGACUAAAACAAUUCUUCAUUUUUGCGAGCCGUAUCCUCUUUUGUACAGCAUCCUCAAAGAACGCGACUCUCGUCGAAUCUUCUACUUCAUGACUUUGAAUUUCGGUUUCAUGAUGGUUCAGCUGUCUUACGGCUUUUUGACUGGGUCUCUGGGACUUCUGAGUGAUAGCAUCCACAUGUUCUUCGAUUGUCUUGCGCUUGUCGUUGGUCUCUGUGCCGCCGUCAUGAGUAAAUGGCCACCGAACUCGAGGUUUCCUUAUGGAUACGGAAAAGUGGACACUCUGUCCGGCUUUGCCAAUGGUAUCUUUCUCAUGAUCAUCAGUAUUGAGAUCAUCUACGAAGCAGUAGAACGAUUGUCCUCUGGUAGUCAGAUGCACCGAAUCGGUGAACUUCUAGUGGUCAGUUUUGCUGGCCUUCUCGUCAACUUGGUCGGUAUCAUGGCGUUUGAGCACGGACACGCACAUCAUGGACAUGACCACGGCCAUGGACAUUCUCACGGGAACGAGAACAUGCAUGGUAUCUUCCUCCAUAUUCUCGCUGAUACCCUUGGUUCAGUGGCCGUGGUGAUAUCGACCAUUCUCGUGCAUUACUCCGGCUGGGCAGGAUACGAUCCCAUCGCGUCCUGUUUAAUCGCCAUAUUAAUCUUUGCGUCGGCGGUCCCUCUGGUUACUAGUACUGCCAAAUCACUACUCCUUACCCUUCCGGCGGACGUGGAAUACAACCUCCGUGAUACCCUUGGUGGCGUUAGUGAUCUACGGGGUGUCGUGGGGUACACUGUGCCCAAAUUCUGGCUGGACGAUACCAAUGCUUCUGGCGAUGACCACGGCCACCAUCACCAUGAUCAUGAUCAUGGACAUAGUCAUAGCCACAGUCACAGCCACAGCCAUAGUCAUGAUCACGGUCACGAUCAUGGUCAUGGUCAUAGCCAUAGCCAUAGCCAUCAUAGCCAUUGUGCCGAUCACGACCACCACGACCACCACGACCACGACCAUGACCACGACCAUGACAGCCACAACCCGCACGUCUUAGGUGUGAUUCACGUUAUUGCAUCACGAGGAGCAGAUCUUGAAGAUGUACGGCAACGGACUAUUGACUUUCUACGAGAAAAGAACAUGGACGUUACGGUUCAGGUUGAGCGGGAAGGAGAUGGGCAUUGCUGGUGCGGAGGAGGGAACAAAAAUCCUUAGCGAGCUCUCUUAGUAACCUGCCUUAUUUCCCAUCAAUCAUUCGAAAUGUACGAUAUAUAUUUUUAUAAGAAAUGAUGCGUAUAUAGUGUUGACAACUUCAUGCCGGCCCAUGUAAAUAUCACCGGAAUCUGCGAUGCCGCUCCACAUCCUGAUUCUUGUUUUGUGAUCACCUUUAUACGUGUAAGAAGCAUCCUGUAUUCGAUGAUACGAAAGUGAAAAAAUUAUGUUGGUG